AUGUUUUAUAAAAUUUCACUUGAUUAGAUAAUGAUCAUAAAUGCAGUAUAUUUACAGCAGAAUUUAGAUUGACCCAAUCAGUUUGUGUCCGUUUGUUUGCGUCGUUGUGUAGUGAAAAUGAGCGAAAUCGAAGUUGAAUUAACGAGAAUAUUAACAAACAUAGCUGAGGCAAAAUGUUUAAAAAAUUACAAAGUGUUACCGAAUAUUGUCGCUGAUGUGGGCGAUGGAUUCCUCUCUACUUUUUAUAAAGGAGAAAUAUAUAACAACGAUACUGGUGAGAUAAUCUCUGUUGGGAUUAAAAUGGAACCACCGUUUACAGGUUUCAAUUUUGCCAAAAUUUAUAAAAAUGAGGAACUGUUUUAUAAAGAUUUCCUACCAGCUAUAUUAGCUUUACAAGCUGAAGCAAAUAUGGAAGAUCCCUUUGACAAUACGGCUACCUAUUUCGAUUCACAGAUUGGAAAUAAUAAUUUUAUUGCUUUGGAAAAUUUGUCUGAUAAAGCGUAUAAGCUGCACGAUAAAAAGGCGUACCUAAACAGAGAAUGCUUGGAAAAAAUCUUUAAAAUUUAUGGAAAGUUUCAUGCGUUAUCUUUUGUUUUGAGGAAGCGCAAUUGGGAGUUUUAUGAGGAAAUUCAUAAGCAGUAUUCUAGCGAUAUAUUUCAGUAUUUUGUAAAAUCUGAAAGGGAUUCUAUUAUUUUUAAAAAAUCAAUUGUAGCAGCAUAUAAUGCUUUAGAUCAUGACUCAGAAAUGUAUAAAGAUUUGGAAGCUUUACCUGAAAAUUGUAUAAAAUUAUUUAUAAAAGCUUCAGAAUAUAAAGGAAAAUAUUGGUGCUCAACACAUGGAGAUUGCUGGUCAAAUAAUAUGUUGUUCAAGUAUUUGGACAAUGGCGAAGUUGAAGACAUUAAAUUAAUCGACUUUCAAUUAGCAAGAGACGGAUCACCGAUCCACGAUCUUGCUUACUUUUUCUACUCUGGAGCUGCUAAAGAAGACCUCUAUCGUAUUGAUGGAUACCUAAAAAUUUACCACGAAAGUUUUUCAAGAGUUCUUAAGUCCUUAGGUGAAACGCCUGACGAAUUAUUUCCAUUCGAAGCACUUUUAAAUGAAUGGAAAGAAAAUGCCAUGCUGGGUGUUUUUUUGGGAAUUCACCUGUGGCAAGUAAAACUUUUGCCCAAAGAAGAGUAUCAAGCAUUAUUUAAUAAUCCGGUCGAUGAGAAGAAACCUACUAUAGAAGAGCUGGGCGAGAUAUUUAUGGAAUUAUUGCAGAAAACGUUGGAGGGGGAUACAUUUAGAGAAAGAGCUAAAAAUAUAUUAAUACAAGCCUUUGAAUAUGGCAUUAUUUCCAAGGAAAAAAUACGCCUGGAAUAAUAUUUUAAAUAUAAUUAUGUAUGUUA